GUCCUCUAUGUGUUUAUUCGCCCCGGCUGAUUCGAUUGACAUUUAACGGAUUUUUUUCCACACGCCCGUUGGCGGAGGUUCCGUAGUUCCCUGAACGUCUCAAUCCCAUACGUUAGUAUACGUGCUAGCGGGGAGUCCGAGGUGCCGUGAAGGCAUCUCGCCCGCAUCCACCUGCUUCCUGUUACUUCUGUGAUUGUGCCGACUCACAGGUGUUGUGUCCGGCGUGGAAAGGUCGAGAAAAGAAGCCAAGCCUGGAACAAUACAACAACAACAAGCCGUGGGACCACCUUUUUUGUUUUGUUUGUUUUAAAAAAAAAAGAAAAAAGCCAGUAUUGUGUACAUUGACGGGCAAGUGCGCCGCGGCUUCGGGCUUGUACUUUGAUCUUUUUCUUCAUCUCAGGCACAACCAAACUCUUUGUUUUUUUUUUUUUUUUUUGGAAGGGAACGCCGUCAUCAAAGUGAGUAAGCCUUAAAGCCUAAAGAAGAUCAUCCCCUCGGAGGAGGCAGCUUACUGUAGUGUUGCUAAUCAGCUAGCUCGCGGCUAAACCAGCAUAAAAGCACUUCCGCUUCCGGUCGUGUCAAAAUCAAAGCCGGGACUUUGGACCUUCUUUGCAAGUGGAUCGCAGGACCGGGACCGAAACAGCCGACGGGUCACCCCCCCCCUCCCCUCAACAUGGCGUCAUCAGGCCACCAGGUCCACUCCACCGUCCUGCAGGAGGAGCUCACCUGUCCGGUGUGCUUGGACGUCUACCGCGACCCCCUGCUGCUCCCGUGCGGCCACAACUUCUGUCGCAAGUGUCUGGACCGGCUGCGGCAGGAGACGGAGCGCAGCCGCUUCCGCUGCCCGGAGUGCCGCUACAGCCACAGCAGCAGCAUGCACCUGCAGAGGAACUUCAAGCUGGGCAACAUCGCCGACGACUUCCGCUCCAGCAACACGCCAACGGCGCCGGCGGCGGCCAAAGAGUGCGUGACGUGGACGGGCCCCAAAGGGUUUGUCCCGUGCGACUACUGCCUGCCACCUGCCGCCUCCUCCUCCUCUGCCGCCUCCUCUUCUGCCGCCUCCUCGUCCACGGCCGCCGCCGCCGCUCCUGAAAAAGGCGACAUGCAGGAAGGCGCCUACGGCGUGGCAGUGAAGAUGUGCCUGAAGUGUGAGGUGUCCAUGUGCCAGGAGCACGUCAAGCCUCACCUGGAGCUGCCCGUGUUCAGAGACCACCUGCUGACUGAAACCGUCUGUGACUUCUGGAAGAGGAAGUGUCCGGACCACGACGAGUUCUACAGGUACUACUGCGUGGACGACAAGGUGUUUGUGUGCAACUCCUGCACCAUAGAAGGACGACACCAGGAGCACACGGUGAGGACCAUGAAGAACACCAUGAAGGACAUGAAGCAGGGGGCGCUACACAAGCAGCUGGGCAAGGUUCUUCGGAAGCAGGGCUUGGCCAAGAAGAGGCUGCAGGAGCAGAAGCAGAAGGAGAGACAGAGAGAGAAGUUCCUGCAGGACUCUGAGGAGCAUCUGGCGGCGCUGCGUCAGGCGCUGGAGGGCAAGGUGUUGGGCUUCGUGGGCCGGCUGAUGGAGUGCACGCGCACCAGCUGUGACGCUAACGGCCCCGCCAUCCAGAAGAACAUCUCCCGCAUCCGCCAGGACCUGGACCGACUCCAGGAGGCGCACAGCGGCAUCCAGGACCUUCUGCAGGAGAAAGACCCCUUCUGCUUCAUCGAGGCCAGCAAGACCACAGGAAGGAGAUGCACCAGCCUGCUGAGGAAGAACAUGUUCUACCCAAAGUACGUGGACAUGCAGACCGGCAUCGUCAACGUCAUGAUGGAGGAGGAGAUGCGCAAGUUUGUGGAGGUCACGCUGCCGCGAGAAAUCAUGGCCGCCGUCAACUCCAUCUGUCAACUACUUGAGGAGGAGGAGGAGGAGGACGGCGACCAAACUCCAAACGAGGAAGUGACCAGGGAGACUGACGACGACGACGAUGAUGAUGAUGAUGAUGAUGAUGAUGACGACGACGUCCUGGACGACAGCAGCGAGGAGAUGAGCGAAGUGGAGGAGGACAGCGAAGGUCACGACGUUAGUGACUCGGAGGAAGAUCUUUACAUCCCUGAGGACGAGGACGAUGAAGACGAGGAGGAAGUGGAGGAGGAGGAAGAUGAAGAGAAUGAAAUGGAGCACAGCGAGAACUCAUGAAGGUCAGAGGACCAGCUGGCUACACACACACACACACACACACACACACACACCCCUGAAUGUAGAAUCCAAUGUUUUAAAAAAAAAAGAAAGAAUAUUCUUGCAUGUUGCUUUGCCAAAGACUGGCGUACUUUGCUGCAUUCACCCGACUUUGCACUUCAAUGCUGUGAUGCUACUGCUACGCUAUAUAUAGCAAUGUUUUGAUACAGGUGAUGUUUCACGGGCCAAAUAGCUAAUAAAAGAUUGACGUCGU